AAAACCCUUUUAUCAUACAAAAAGAAGGAAGGUAGAAAGAGUACUCGAAGGAAGGGCGAAGAAAAGAGAGACCCCACCUGCUUAACCUUUACGACUGAGUUUCCCCUUCUCCCAAACGCUGUUCUUCCGGAGAGACCGAAGCGAAAGCGGGGGCGAAAAUUCGAUUGCGAUAAUUUAUUAUUUAUUAUUUUUUUGAGGAGACAGGAAAGAAGGAAGGCACAAAGAUGUCGUACCAAUUACCUGAACAUCACCAGGGGGGGCAUCAAUAUCCCGAGGCCACUUACUCCCCUCAAGCCAUUGGAAACACGCAAUCGCAUGGUUACCCUCAAGAACAGCAGCCUCACCACGCUGGGUAUAACUACAAUCCGGACCAGUCCAAGGGAACCGGGUAUGUUCCGCCGCAUUCACAGGGACAUUACCAACAUCACCAUCCUCAGAAAUGGGAGCACGGACUGUGCGGGUGCUUUAGUAAAUGCGGAGUUUGUUGCACUGGUUGGUGGUGUCCUUGCAUCCUCUUUGGAAGGACCAGGCAUCGUCUGCACAAUCCUACGAUGAACGGGUAUUCGUGCUGCAAUGGAGGAUGUAUGGGAUACGCCGCCCUUUGCACAUGUCUACCUCCUUUCAACUUUAUUCUCGGCCUCAUGCAGCGCGGUGAGAUCAGGCGAAAAUAUAACCUAGAGGGUAGUGGUUGUGGGGAUUGCUGCAAGGCCUUCUGCUGUGGGUGCUGUGCCCUCAUCCAGGAAGAGAACGAAGUAGUAUCAAGGAUGCAAACCACUGGGGGCGGUUACCAAGUCCCUGGAGGUAUGCAAUACGGGCAUUGAUGCUCUAGUCUGUAUUUCAUGUUUAGCAUCUGGAUUCUCGGUUUAUGUUAUGGAAUAUUUUCAUUAUCAAUACUUUAACCUUUUACUCUUUUUAUAGGCCUAUUUUCCUUUUAAUACCAAUCUUAAGCUUGUGAUAUUCCA